AUGAAAGAUAAAAAACUCAAAGGAACUCUUGCGAAAAUACAAAAGAAUGCGCAAGAAGCUGCUAAGAAAGCAGCAAGUUAUGAAAUAUUACUUACUGAAGAGCCUGGGUAUUUAGAAGUUGAAGGUUUAGAGAAAACAUAUAAAGUCAAACAAAAAGAUAUAUUGAAUAAUGUAUUUAAUAUUAAUUUGCCUACAUUUGGUCCAUAUACAAUAGAUUAUACACGCAAUGGAAGGUAUUUGUUGAUGGGAGGUAGGAAAGGACAUAUAGCGACAUUGGAUUGGCAAGGUUGGAAAACUGAGAAAUAUAAAUGUGAAUUUCAUGUCAAAGAAACUGUACGAGAUGUCAAAUGGCUACAUAAUGAACAAUAUUUUGCAGUAGCACAAAAAAAAUAUGUUUAUAUUUAUGAUCAGAAUGGAUUGGAAUUACAUAAACUUAAGAAUCAUAUUGAAGUUAACAGAUUAGAGUUCCUUCCAUUUCAUUUUUUAUUAGCUACUGUGGGAAAUGCAGGAUAUUUAAAGUAUCAAGAUACAUCAACUGGUAAACUUGUAGCAGAAUUGAAAACAAAACUUGGUAAAUGUGAUGCAAUGUGUCAAAAUCCAUGGAAUGCUAUAAUAAAUUUAGGACAUGCUAAUGGAACUGUAACACUCUGGUCACCUAAUAUGUCAACACCACUAGUUAGAAUUUUAACACAUAAGGGUCCAGUUGUAUCACUCGCAGUUGAUAAUACUGGAAGAUAUAUGGCAACAUCAGGAUUAGAUGGGCAACUGAAAUUAUGGGAUGUAAGAACUUAUAAACCAUUACAACAAUAUUUUUGCAGAACGCCUGCUUCUUCACUUUCCAUUUCACAAUUAGGAUUAUUAAGUGUUGGUUGGGGACCUCAUAUUUAUGUUUGGAAAAAUGCUUUUCUAGAGAAACAAAAAUCACCAUAUAUGACUCAUAUUCAGGAAGGAUCACAAAUACAAGAUGUACAUUUCUGUCCAUUUGAAGAUGUGCUAGGAUUUGGUUAUUGCAACGGUGUCUCGAGUAUAGUUAUUCCAGGUUCUGGUGAACCUAAUAUUGAUAGUCUGGCAAUAAAUCCAUUUCAAACAAAAAAACAAAGACAAGAAUCAGAAGUUCAUAGUUUAUUGGAUAAGAUUCAACCCGAAAUGAUUAUAUUAGAUCCUAAUUUUGUUGCAAAAGUUGAUAAAGUUUCCAAAGAAAUUGUAGAAAAAGAACGUAAAGAAGAGGAGGAGAGGGAGGCAAAGAAUAAUGUACGUGAUAAAUCAAGUAAUAGUGUUCGUAAAAAAACUAGACAUAGAAGUUCAUUGUUAAAAAGAUAUCUUCGUAAAAAACAAAAAAAUGUUAUUGAUGAACGAAAGCAACGUGCUAGAACAGCUUUAGAUAGAUUUUCUAGCAAAAAAAGAAAAUCAGGAAGUUAA